CGGAUAUAAUGUCCGAGCUUAGGAAGCGUCCCUCGAAUGGGGUAGCUUGCACUCCUGCGAUUGACGUGCGUGUUAGUUCCAGCGCAUGCAAUGAACCUACGUCUUGUUUAAGAUGCCACUUGCGUGCAGAAGAAGUACCAGAAUGGCUUCAUUUUCCUUACAUAAUAAGUGGUUAUCGGCUUGGCGGGACAUAUUGGGCCUGCGCGUGCAGCUUAUUUGUACUUCACAAUGAGUGCCUCAACGCAUGGACAAUGAUUUUGGGCGCCUUGCUAUCGACAGGAUCCAUGGUCUUUGCCUUCUCAUACUAUUCCGUUCGCGGCAACGACAUCUCAGCCUUUGUUAUGUAUUGGACGUCUCUAAUCGUGCACCUUCCAUUCUCGGUUGGGUAUCAUUUAUUCCUUCCGAUUUCCGUUGGAGUUUAUAACACUUGGCGACGUCUAGACAUGUCGUUCAUCCUCAUGAUGUCAGUGCAGCUCACCUACGGCAUGUCAUACUUCGUUUAUCCGCAGCUUUGGCACACGCUUAUGGCGACAGCGCUGGUGUCUCUCGCGUCAGCGGCGGGCAUACACGCCAUCUACGGCUCCGUGAAGGAGGGCAUGCCGCUGACGCGGGGCAACGUAACCCGGUGGAUAGGUCUAACCGCCAUAGGCUACUAUUUCCCUAUCAUCUACCAAGCGGUGCUAGAUGGACGUCGCGGCGAGUACAGUGUGCCCUUCAUUGCCGCCAUCGUUGUACCGACAUCGCUCGUAGGGGGCGCACAGCUCUACGAGCUGCACAUUCCAGAGCGCUUUUUUCCCGGGAAGCUCGAUCUCGUGGCGAAGCUGGAUCCGACCGGACUUGCCGGUGGUGGGCAACUCGCAUCUGUGGAUGCACAUCGGUGUUAUCGUCGCGCACCUGAUGGGCUUCUGCUUCGUGCUGCACAACUUCCUGCGGCGAGCUGCCGGGCAACUGCCUUCAUGACAGCUGGCAAGGCGAGGCAAGGCAAGGCCUGUGCCGCAGAGGCAUGUGGACGUCCGGUGCUAGCACAUUCCCGGCUCAUCUAUCCUCCCUGGUUCGAUUCGCACUGCGAGCAGCUACACUGCCCAGUUGGAGUGGAUGCUGAUGAAGGGGGCCCCGCCCUUUUUCCGGCUUCCUUGAAGCCGACACCCAACUUGUCGUUUGAGCAAGCAGGCGGAAGGCGCGACGCACAUCUGAAUGCGCUUAAAGCGACGUUGUUGAUCGUACCUUCCGAGAAAAGCGAAAGCAACCGGGUUGACUCGGGAGUGGAAGGGAAGAAGCGGCUCCUUCAGGUCAACGAACGAGAAACGGACACACGGUUGGGCAAAGCGGACUAG